CAGUAGGUAAGUAUCCAAAUAAUAGAUUUCAUUAUGAAAAUUUAUAUUUUCAGCAAAUAAAAAAUGCCUCAAACUUCUGAGCAGUAAGUCAAAACAGUAUGUUUUACCAAAGGCAAGUUUUGUACACCCCAAGAAUCAUAAAGGGUUUUGGGAAUUCAGGCUGAUCUGUCUUUUUGUAGAAGUGUAUCCCCAUAUAAAUUAAUUUAUAUCUUUGUUACUUUAUAUCUUAGUAAAUUCAGACAACCUCUCUCUGGAUGAUGAUGAUGAUAAGUAUUUUAGCCAUCUCUCAUAGAGUGGACCUUUUGACUUUGUGACCCUUUGUACUCCAGCAGCAUUCUUUUCAUUCUGAUUUAUCCCUUAAUUUAGAAUGAAUUUAAUAGUCUUGUAUUUGAAGAGCAUAAAUUUGAUUCAAGGGUCUAGUUAGACAUACUUUACAUAUUGUACAUGUUUUUGAAAGUCCUGGUUAAAAAUAUAUAUAUUGCAGUAAUUGAAUGAGUACAAUUUCAAGUGUCAUAUUUUUACAGCGUGAGAGUGAAGGCCUCCAUGACUUUUUGAUAAAUAUCAUACGCAUAUCAACUGAUGUACGUGAGGAUUGCCAUGUAUAUUUACUUGAGGAUGGGCUGAUGCUGUGGUUAACAACUCUAGAAAAUACUGCACAUCCACAUGAGUCACUCCUUCAGCUCUUUGACAAUAUGUUGCCACUUCUGGAAUUGUCUACUGAAAAUCUUCGACUCUGCCUGCAGAUUACAACAGCAUACACAUUGCUGUGUCCUCAGCAGUUCUUCACAAAAUAUGGAAGUCGCCUAAUUGAAUGCUUCAAUUCAAUGCUGAAAGAUAUGAAAAGUGAAGGCAUAGUACUUGUGUUACGAUCAGUUGAAAUGAUGCUUCGAGUACAGCCUGUUGAAGGCUCAACCCUAAUCCAACCUCUCCUUCCAAGUGUCAUGAAAGUUGUGGCAGAAGGAGACCAGUACCCAAUGGUUAUGUCUAUGUACCUGUCUGUUGUUGCUCGACUUGUCCUCUAUGCAGAACAUAUAUUUACGUGGGCAGUUAAUCAGACUGCUGCUGACCAGUCAAAGGCUCCAGAUGCAGUUCUAGAACAGAUUGUCAGUGUGUGGUCAGAAAAACUAUCCCUUGUUUCUCCUGAAGAACGAAGGAAACUUUGUGGUCUUGGAUUAGCUUACCUCUGUGGAUCUGGCUGGCAACCAGUAUUGAAAGUUUGGCCUGCUGCCGUCACAGCUGUUGCUGAAGUAGUUUUUGAUGUUACUAUGGAAGAUUCCACGGAUGAUAAGCUUGUGGUAAAUGGCGGGAGACUUGGUUCUCCAGAGGUUUACGAGCUUGAAACAGAGCAUGUUUUGAGACGUCAGGCAGUAGCACAAGAAGAUCCUGUUCACACUACAUCGUUGCGCGUUUUUCUUGGACAGCAGAUGAAACGACUUCAGCAGAGCACUGAUGCAACCACUAUCAUGACAUUAGCACAAGAUUUGGAAGAUAAUUGUAAAAAUCUUCUUGAAGAAGUGACUGUGGCAUCAUAAGAUGCCACAGAAAUCCAUAAUUAAUUAUGUAUUGGAUUAUUAUGCAGCAUAUGAAGUUCAUUAUAUGAAUUGCUGUUUAUGUUUUAAUGCUUGAAUCAAAGUAUCAUAUAAAAUGAAUAAAUUAUAUAGAUUAUU